AUGGGAUCCACUGUGCCACGGUGCGAAGGCUGUCAAGCUGCUGUCUUCGAGUGGGCUGAGAGCUUCGACACGAAGGACUGGUCUCGGCUGGGAAAAUGCGUGGCUCCAACUCUAUACGUGAUUGUCCAGAUUGACUACCGCGAUGUGAUGGGUAUGCUUUGGGAGGCCAUGCCGGCUGAAGAAUUUGUACAGAUGGCAUCGAGCCCCAGGUUCCUCGGCAAUGCGCGCAUCAAGACACAGCACUUCAUUGGGGCCGGCAAAUGGAUCUCCGAGGCCGAGGACGAGAUAACGGGCUUGCAUCAGAUGCGUGUCGCUCACCAAAAGUAUAAAGACGAUGAUUUGACCGAGGUUCUCUACAAAGGUCACGCUCAUGGCAAGGCCACUGUGAGAUAUCGUAAGGUUGACGGGAUUUGGAAAUUCGCCGGGCUUACGCCUGACAUUCGUUGGGCUGAGCACGACUACGAUAAGAUAUUUCAAGAAGAUUAG